CUAGUCACGAAGAUGGCAACAGAACAACUUACUACGCAUGCGUAAUCGUCCCGGAUAACAAUGACCCAGUGUCGACGGGGUAUAUACAGAAACGGAAGGCGGUGUCAGGUUCAGCAAUGUUAUCACUACACCAACGUGUUUUCUGAGAAACCGCUUGUAAGUUUAUGAUAAAAGAGCUCGUUGAUGAAAGGAAAAGGACAGUUCUGGAACAGGAGCCGAACGAGCCCCUCUUUUGAUUGGUCAAUGAGAGUCACGUGACCACAAUAGGCAUCUUAUAUUGCAUGUUGUGGUGCAAUACCGAAUCUAUGUUUAGCCAGGGAAAGACCCGAGCUAUAAAUAGGUCAGCGUCUCGCUGUGUGACUCGCCCUUGUGAUACAAGCCAAUACAUAGUAUACGUUUUGUAACCAGAACUGGCUAGCCGUGACCGGAUAUAGCCACAUGUUUUUUUUGUCUUUAUAUAAGAGGGUAUUCCCCCCAUACUCAUAUCAUUUCACUCUUGUGAGCGAAUCUAGACGGACGGUCCUGUCGUGUCUACACUCAAUCUUACGACGCUGUUCACAAGACAGGGAACUUUCUUAAAGAAUGGAGGAGAGGCAACGUGUUCUAGACUCUGUACAGUCCUGCAUGAACUUGAGACAUAGGCAACGGCCAAUAGCUGUCCAAAUGACCCGUCUGUGAACUUAAAACGUAUCAAUCUAUUAGCAAACAGGUUAUACAACAACUGCAAGAAUACAUCCACAUCACUGACUCACACAUGUGACAACUGUAACAAAUCUUUUACAAGCAAAAGGAAUCUUCUUCGACAUACACGAACCGUACAUGGAAAUGAGAAAAUAUCAUGUGCGCAGUGUGGACACUCGUUUUCUCGCAUGGAUAACUACAAAGCGCACACUUGUAAACCGAGAGGGAAGCGGUCGGCUGAGACUGAAGUAGGUCAUGCUCGGGUUAAGCGUGUCUGCCUUCAACCACUAAACUCGGUGAAUAACGUGGCCGUUGCGCGAUAUGAGACCUGCAACUUUUGUGGGCAUCAUAAGUGUUUACUACCUGGAAAGCGCUUCUGUCAGGAAUGUUCAUACAAAGGUCGAGAGUGUAAACAGUGUCACCGGCCUCUCCCCGAACGUUUCUUGAGCCGACGCGUAGAACAGUGUGACAGCUGUGUAAGAAAGGAGAGAGAGGUAUGAGGCGAGACGAAACCAGGCCGGGGCAGGGCAAGUUAGGGCGCUGGAGGGUGCUGUGACAACAACAACACUGACGCCAACAGUAUCGAACAAUCUUGAUAUAUUGCAGUUUUUUGCAGAUGAACAGACAAAUAUUGAGUCACUGUUACAUGAUUUCUUAAAGGAGAAAAAGGGUAUGAAAUGGUUCCUAACUUUAAGACUUAAAUUUAUAAAAUAUAAUGAAAGCAAUGAAAGCAUUUUGACUGAACCUGUGUUAAGGAGCACAAAUCAUGUCACCACUAUCGAAUCUCAGUUAGCUGAACAAAUAGCUGAAGCCUACCAGAAGUUGUAUACCUCCAUGCAAGAGUUUCAAGCUGAGGGUAGUGGGUGGAUUCUAGAUGAAAUUGUACAAUUGGAAGUCAAUACAGCUGAGCAUACACCGUUAUCAGCAAGUAGCUACAUUCCUCUCCCCAAAUACCUUGCUGAUACAAAAGCUAUCCUAAACAUUCAUAACGAGGAUAGUAAGUGUUUUAUGUGGUCUGUGUUGGCAGCUCUACACCCGGUCAGACACAAUCCUCAUAGGGUUAGUCACUAUAUUCCACAUGAAUCUGAGUUGGACCUUAGUGAAUUAGAUAUGCCAAUUUCUUUGUCGCAAAUAUCAAGGUUUGAAAAGUUAAAACAGAUUUGCGUUAAUGUUUUUGGGUAUGAAGGAGGUGAGGGCGUAUUCACUUUACGUGUUAGCACAGUUAAAUCUCCCAUCAAUGUUGAUUUACUGCUCAUAGGUCAAAAUGACAAGAGAUUUUUUUGACUGAUUAGAAAUUUCAGCAGAUAAAUGGGGGAUCGAACCAAACAUGAGGGGGCAAGAUUUUAUUGUAGACGAUGUCUUCAUGGCUUUAGCAGAAAGGAUUUGUUAGAUGACCACCUACCUUACUGUUCAAAUUAUUCGAUGCAAAGGAUAAGACUGCCAGAGAAAGAGGAAGAAACAUGGGUAAACUUCAAGAGCAUUCAGAAACAGCUUGAAGUACCUUACAUCAUAUAUGCUGAUUUUGAGUCCAUUACACGUAAAGUGAGUGGUUGUAGUCCACAGCCUGGCACAUCCUACACUUCAUGCUAUCAAAAACAUGUGCCCUCUGGGUUCUGUUACAAAGUUGUCAGUUCUCAUACUCCGUAUAGUAAACCUGCUGUUGUUUAUAGAGGCCCUAAUGUCAUUUCACAUUUCAUUGACUGUUUGCUUAAAGAAGGAAAAGACAUUGGGGAUAAAUUGAAAGUAGUGGAACCAAUGCAGUUAAGUGAAGCCGAUGAGAAAGCAUUUCAAAAGGCAAACAUAUGUCAUAUAUGUUCUAAACCCUUCACUGAGCAAGCAUGGAAAGUCCGCGACCAUGAUCAUUUGGCUCCGGGAUAUAAUUAUCGUGGAGCUGCUCAUCAAAACUGCAAUCUGCAAUAUCAGUUUACAAAAAAGAAGGAGAAGCAAAAUGAAUAUGAUGAUUUUUUCAUUCCUGUAGUAUUUCAUAAUUUGAGAGGUUAUGACAGUCAUCUCCUUCUAAAAUAUUUAGACAGAACACUGAAACAAAAACUUCAAUGUCUGGCAAAUAACAUGGUGAAGUAUAUUUCCUUCUCGGUAGGGAAAUUACGAUUCAUUGAUUCUCUUCAGUUUUUAAAUGCAUCGCUUGAUACAUUAGUUGAAAACCUCCGAGCUGAGGGUACUUCGAAGUUCAAACAACUGAAGCUGGAGUUUCCUAAUGACCAACAGAACAUAUUACUCCUGCGAAUGGGAAUAUAUCCUUAUGAUUUCAUGGACGAUGAAUCAAAAUUUGAUAUGACUCACCUUCCGUCAAAGGAGGACUUUUAUAACAAACUGACAGAUAGUUCUAUAUCAGAGGAUGACUAUUCAUAUGCUCAAAACGUUUGGAAAAUCUUCAAUUUAAAGUCAAUGGGUGAGUACCAUGACUUGUACAUGAAAACAGAUGUAUGUUGCUAGCUGAUGUCUUUCAAAAUUUUAGACAAACCUCCUUAGAAAACUAUCAGUUAGACCCCGCUCAUUAUUAUACAUUGCCGGGCCUUGGGUGGGAUGCCAUGCUGAAAAUGGGGAGUGUACAUCUAGAACUGCUCACUGAUUUAGAUAUGCAUCUCAUGAUUGAGGCAGGUCUGAGAGGGGGUAUUUCCAUGAUUUCCAAAAGGUAUGCUAAGGGGAAUCACCCUGACCUGCAGACCUUCCAGCCUGACAACCCAACGUCCUAUAUCAUGUACUGGGACGCCUAUAAUCUGUACGGUCAUGCUAUGUCCCUAUGUGACUUUGAGUGGAUGAAUUCACAGGACAUAGAGAAGUUAGAUGUACGAAGCAUACCAGCUGAUUCUAAAACUUGCUAUAUUCUGGAAGUUGAUCUCGACUAUCCCAGGGAAUUACCUGAUAGCCACAGUGACCAUCCAUUAGUCCCUGAAUCUAUGUUGAUCAGCAAUGACAUGCUCUCUCCCCAUUCAAAGGAGUUGAGAAAUAAGCUUUGUAUCAAAGGCCAACCAGUAAGAAAAUUAGUUCCAAACUUAAAUGAUAAGACAAAGUAUGUGCUACACUACAGAAAUCUACAGUUUUAUUUAAGUCAGGGUAUGAAGUUAGUCAAAAUCCGGAGAGUCAUUAUGUUUAAACAAUCUCCAUGGCUGAAGCCUUACAUAGACUUCAACACUCAAAAACGCAAGGAUGCUAAAAAUGAAACAGAAAAAGCCUUUUUCAAGUUAAUGAACAACUCUUGUUUUGGAAGAUCGAUGAUGAACGUGAGAAAACAUGUCAAUGUUGAACUUGUGAAUCCUGCUCAACGAUUCAGAAAACUUUGUGCAAAACCAACAUUCGAAGCCUUCAAAAUUUUCAAUGAUGAUCUAGCAGCCGUCCAUCUAAAGAAACCAAGCUUAUUCUUAAACCAACCUCUGAUUGCAGGGUUUUCUAUUUUGGAGAUGUCAAAGAUAGUGAUGUAUGAUUUUGAUAAUAAUUUUAUCAAGCAAAAGUAAGGUGAAAAGGCUCAACUGUGCUUCACAGACACGGAUUCGCUGUGUUAUGAAAUCGAAACAGCUGACAUUUACGCUGACAUGGCAAAUCAUGCUGACUUAUUUGACACCAGCAACUAUGACCCUGUCCAUCCUCUCUACUCUAAAGCAAAUUCCAAAGUUUUGGGGAAAUUCAAAGAUGAAGUAGGUGGUGUAGCCAUUGAGGAGUUUGUUGGCCUGCGUCUAAAAAUGUAUUCCCUAAUGUAUAAGGGAAAGGAAAAGAAAACAGCAAAGGGGGUCGCUAACGCAGUCAUUAAGAAACAGCUGAGGCAUAAAUGUACGAGCAAUGCUUGACUGAGCAUUGUCAAAUGAGGUACAACAUGACUCAGAUUCAAAGCCAAACUCACCAACUCUAUACUGUGACCAUUAAUAAAGUCAGUUUGAGCCCAUUCGAUGACAAACGCUUUGUCCUAGAUGAUGGGGUUCAUACUUUAGCUCAUGGUCACUACAAAACACAGAGGACGUUCAGUUAUUGAUGUGGAACCAUUUCAUACUGUUUUCUCUGUAUAUACUAUUUGUUAUGAGCAGCUUCAAACUUCAUGUAUACAUGUAUAUUUAUUGUGAAUAGUUCCUAAUAAAUUCUCACAUAUCUGUGUAUUAUAGGUACAACUGAACAUUUAGCGGAUGAUAUAAAUGUAACACCUCAUACAAAAUCAAUGUAAAUAGGGGGCUCACUUCUCUUAAACCUGAGCCUCUUGUGUUUGAAUACGCUGAUUUUAUUGAAUAUGUAUUGUUUAACUAAUUCCAGAAUAUUUGUGUUGAGAUGAAUAUGUACCAUACUUAUGUAGCACUAAUUAUUGUAUGCAUUUCAACACACAAUUGGUUUUUGAAAUAAAACUUGAACAUCAA